UGAUGAACAGAAUCGUACCACAAGUGAUAAUGAUGUAAUAGAAGAUAAAGAACAAAAGGAAAUGACAACUGAUAAUGAGGUAAUAGAAAAUGGUGAUCAGAUUGAUACCACAUGUGAUAAUGAAGAAGAUGAUGAGUAUAAUGAAACCACAAGUGAUAAUAAAGUAAUAGAAGAUAAAGAACAAAAUGAAAUGACAACUGAUAAUGAGGUAAUAGAAAAUGGUGAUCAGAUUGAUACCACAUGUGAUAAUGAAGAAGAUGAUGAAUAUAAUGAAACCACAGGUAAUAAUGAGGUAAUAGAAAAUGAAGAACAGAAUGAAACCACAAGUGAUAAUGAAGUAAUAGGAGAUGAAGAACAUAAUGAAACAACAACUGAUGAUGCAGUAAUAGAAAAUGGUGAUCAGAUUGAUACCACAUGUGAUAAUGAAGAAGAUGGUGAACAUAAUGAAACCACAGGUGAUAAUGAGGUAGUAGAAGAUGAUGAAAAUAAUGAAACCACAAGUGAUCAUGAAUUAAUAGAAUAUGAUGAACAGAAUGAAGCCACAAGUGAUAAAAAGGUAAUAGAAGAUGAUGAACACAAUGAAACAGCAAGUGAUAAUGAGGUAAUAGAAGGUAAUGAACAUAGUAAAAUCACAAGUGAUAAUGAUGUAAUAGAAGAUGAUGAACACAAUGAAACCACAAAUGAUAAUGAG